AUGCCUGCUCCUCCCUCCACCCCCGCAACAGCCAACAGGUCCAACAGGAAGACAGACGGUGAUGAUGCGUCCGCAUGGAGGUGGAAACACAAUAAGAAGAACUCCACCAUUUGUGUUGGACCGGAUGGGCGUACUGGUGAAGAUUACCUCGUCGACUGGAUGUCCGUGCCCGAGAACUGGGCUGCCUACUCAGACUCCAAUGAUAGAGCCAAGUUUGCCGCCGACGUGAUCUACAAAUGGCUUUCCAAGAAGAAAAUCAAAAAUUUUGAAAAGGCUAAGGCCUCUGGAGUCCAGGACCGGAUUCAGAAAAUCAAGAAGGCGUUCGAUGAAGCUUUGGCCCUACAGAAGCCAACUGGCGAAGGGGUCACGGAAGAUGAUCUGGCGAGAGGCAUCAAGACUCAGGUGCUGACUCUGUAUAUAGCAAAGAUCAAAGAGAAUUGCCCUUUCUUUUUCACCCUCCUCCCUUCUCUCAAGGACAGAAACGCCAACAUAACGGAGCAAAGCAGUGUCCAUCAGAUGGGCGACCGAGAAGUCUCAACCACCCCUUCUAUGGCCCGCCAUGUGUCUUCGCGCUCCGAGAUUGAGGAGCAACCCGUUGGAAUGGAGGCUGAGGACGUUGAGAAUGACGACGUCUUCAGCGUCAGGGGGACCAGAGCCAAUUCUCUGUCUACCAACAUUACCAGCAAUCACGGGGUUGCUGACAAGCCGACUUCUGGGGCAAGGGGUGCCGGCUCUCUCUCCAACGGAUCAAGGGCACGGGCAUCCCUCAAUGCCCAAGACACCCCGACCUCUGGCAAGGGCAGGCGCGGCAACACCAACCUAAAUGAGCAACUUCAAGGUCUUUUUAGGGACCAUUCUACAGCCAGUAUCCAAGGGUGUAAGGAGAUAGCGGAGCAGCAAGCCCAGGCGGCGCUGGCGCUUGAGCAGUACAAGGUCGCUGAGCAAGCGAGGAGAUUUGAGGGAGAACUGCAAGUGAAGAGUGAAAGGUUGAAGGUAGAGGAUGGAAGGUAUGAAGUGAGGUUCAAGAUGGAACAAGAGGAGCGUGAGUGGAAGAGGAAGAGGGAUGAACAGGAUGCCCAUUGGAGGAAUGUGAAGGCGCAAAGGGAGGAACUCCGGGCUCAGGAUGAGAUGGCUGCAAAGAAGUGGGAGUUUGAGCAUGAGCUUUUCAAGGAGUAUGUGGCCGCUGGCGAUCCAAAAGAGGAGGCAAGGAAGAAGGCAAUUGAAGAGACAAGAAGGCGUUUUACAUAUGAUUGA